GUCAGCUGGUGUGAUUUGCUGCUGUCGCUUUUGGCGUUCGGCCAUCCAGAAACAAACCAGUUCGAUGACUACUAAUAGUUAUAGCCAGAUGUACUAAUACACAACAAAUCACAGUCCUGCAGAGGGGUGCGCAAAUGAAUUCCUAUUUUGUGAAUCCCACUUUCCCCGGGAGCCUGCCCAGCGGCCAGGACUCCUUCCUGGGCCAGCUGCCCCUCUACCCGGCCGGCUAUGACGCGCUGAGGCCCUUCCCGGCCUCGUACGGGGCGUCGAGCCUCCAGGACAAGACGUACACCUCACCUUGUUUCUACCAACAGUCCAAUUCGGUCCUGGCCUGCAACCGGCCCUCCUACGAGUACGGGGCCUCGUGUUUCUACCCUGAUAAGGACCUCAGUGGCGCCUCGCCCUCGGGCAGUGGCAAGCAGAGGGGCCCCGGGGACUACCUGCACUUUCCUCCCGAGCAGCAGUACAAACCCGACAGCAGCAGCGGGCAGGGCAAAGCCCUCCAUGACGAAGGCACCGACCGGAAGUACACGAGCCCCGUUUACCCCUGGAUGCAGCGGAUGAACUCCUGCACGGGUGCUGUGUACGGAAGCCACGGUCGCCGAGGCCGCCAGACCUACACGCGCUACCAGACGCUGGAGCUGGAGAAGGAGUUCCACUUCAACCGCUACCUGACGCGGCGCCGCCGCAUCGAGAUCGCCAACGCGCUGUGCCUCACCGAGCGCCAGAUCAAGAUCUGGUUCCAGAACCGACGCAUGAAGUGGAAGAAGGAGAAUAAACUCCUCAAUUCCACGCAGCCCAGCGGGGAGGACGGAGAGGCAAAGGCGGGCGAGUAGAAGCCUGGGCCAGGACCAGGACCAGGACUGGCCAGCGCCGCAACCUUCCUCAACUCUGCCCCCUUGCCCUCGCUGCUCCCCAACGUCU